UUUAUCACUUAAAAAAAUCAGUGAACAACAGUGAACCAUGAGUGUAGAAACUACCUUAUCGAUUAACGAUCAUGAUGAGUCGACACUUGUUCAAAUUGAACAGGGUCAAUUACGAGGUAAAAUACUGAAUUCUGUGAAAGGUGUGUUAUAUUUUGGAUAUAAAGGAAUUCCUUAUGCUAAGCCACCGAUUGGGGAGCUAAGAUUCAAGCCUCCAGCAGAACCAGACCCAUGGGAAGGGAUCCUGGAUGCUUACGAGGAGGGUAAUCGAAGUUUAUCUAUAUCUUCUACCGAUGAUGAAUGUGUUGGUGAUGAAGAUUGUUUAUAUCUUAAUGUUUUUACUAAAGAGCUUCCAAAAAGUGGAGAAUCUUUAAAACCAGUUAUGUUUUGGAUUCACGGAGGGGGAUAUAUCCGUGGCUCUGGAAAUACAGAUUUACAUGGACCUGAUUAUUUAAUUGCAGAAGAUAUUGUUUUGGUUACAUGUAAUUAUCGAUUGGGUCUUCAAGGUUGUUUGUAUGUAAAAGAUCCAAGGGCUGGCUGUUCUGGCAAUAAUUUACUAAAAGAUAAAAUAAUGGCAUUAAAAUGGGUUCAAAAAAAUAUUCAUGCAUUUAAUGGUGAUCCAAAUAAUGUUACUGUAUUUGGUGAAAGUGCUGGAGCGAUUAGUGCCCAUAAUUUAUUGUUUUCACCUAUGGCAAAAGGAUUAUUCCAUAAAAUGAUAUGUCAAAGUGGAACAGCAUUUGAUGGUCAAAAUUAUUUGGAAAAUUUGCCAAUUAUUGCAGCAGAGGCUGGUGGUUAUAAAUGUGAUAACGAAUUGGACGCUUAUAAUUAUUUAAGAAAUUUGCCAGGACCGAAGUUGUGGGAAAUUUUUAAAUUAUUAGAUACUUAUGCGAUUGGAAAAUAUGAUCGUGUUGUAAGCUCUAUUACUGAAUUUCCAGACGGUAAUGAACCGAAAUGUUUAACAGAAACCCCAGAAGUUUUAUGUACGCGGGGUGACUUUAUAAAAGUUCCAUUAUUAAUUGGUACAAAUACAUGCGAUGGCAUGGUCUAUACAUCCAAAGAUUAUUUGGAUAAAUUGUUACCAUUAAAUUUUACUGAUCCAGAAUUAUUAGUGCCACGAUUUAUGAAUAUACCAAAAGGAACACCACAAUCUUUGGAAAUUGGUAAACGGAUUAUGAAGUAUUAUUAUGGUAAUGAAACACCAUCGAGACGUAACGCGGAAAAAUUUGCAAAAUAUCAAACUGAUGUUCGAUAUACAUUGUUAACGAAGAAAGCAGUAAAAUAUCAUCUGAAAUUUAGCAACGAACCCGUCUAUCUGUAUAAAUUCACUAUGGAUUCCUCUUGUAAUCUGUAUAAAAAAGUUUUCAAUUUAACUUUACCAGGCGUGUGCCAUGGCGAUGAACUAACAUAUCUUUUUUAUACAAAAUACCAUUCUCGAAUACGUUUUGGUAUAGCUGAAGAGAAUACAGUAGAACGUUUAUGUAAAUAUUGGACAAAUUUUGCACGUACUGGUAAUCCAAAUCCACCAGAAACUGGUUCAUCACCUGUGUUCAAUGUGGAAUGGAAACCUGUGGAAUCGGACGUAUACAAUCAUUUAAAUAUUGGUAAAGUUUUGCGUGCUAUAAAUUAUGAACCUGAUAAGAACAGAAUGGAUUUUUGGAAUCAAUUAUUUAAAGAUUAUAAUUUUUUCGCCAUGGGUGUGCAAACUAUUUCGAACGAUGACUCAACACUUAUUCGAAUCGAACAAGGGCAAUUACGUGGUAAAGUUUUGAGUUCAGCGAGAGAUGUGUUAUAUUUCAGUUAUAAAGGAAUUCCAUAUGCUAAGCCACCGAUUGGGGAACUAAGAUUCAAGUGUCCAGUAGAUCCAGAACCAUGGGAUGGAAUUUUGGACGCUUUUGUGGAGGGAAAUAGAAGUUUAUCAAUAUCUACCACCUCAGAUGAAAUUAUAGGAGAUGAAGAUUGUUUAUAUCUGAAUGUUUUUACUAGAGAGCUUCCAAAAAAUGGCGUGUCAUUGAAACCUGUCAUGUUUUGGAUUCAUGGUGGUGGAUUUAUUCGUGGAUCAGGAAAUACAGAUUUACAUGGACCUGAUUUUUUAAUUGCCGAAGAUGUUGUUUUAGUGACAUGCAAUUUUCGACUUGGUCUUCAAGGAUGUAUGUAUGUACGAAACUCACAAGCUGGCUGUUCUGGUAAUAAUAUGUUAAAAGAUGUUAUAAUGGCAUUAAAAUGGGUCCAAAAAAAUAUCAGUGCAUUUAAUGGUGAUCCAAACAAUGUGACUGUAUUUGGAGAAAGUGCUGGAGCAGUUAGUACACAUAGUUUGCUAUUUUCCUCCAUGGCUAAAGGAUUAUUCCAUAAAAUGAUAUGCCAAAGUGGAACAGCAUUUGAUAACCAAGUGUUGGAAAAUUUAGCAAUAAUAGCAGCUGAAGCUGACGGUUAUGAAUGUAAAACCGAAUUAGAAGCUUUCAAUUAUUUGAAAGAUUUACCAGGAUCGAAAUUGAUGGAUAUUUGGAAAUUACUAAACCAGUAUGCAGUGGGUAAAUAUGAUCGAGUACUAGGACCAAUAGUUGAGUCAUCUGAAGGGGAUGAUCCAAAAUUUUUAUUAGGCAAACCAGAAUUAUUAUGCACGAAAGGUGAAUUUAUAAAAGUGCCAUUAUUAAUUGGUACAAACUCAUGUGAUGGCAUGGUACAUACAACAAACGAUUAUUUGGACAAAUUGUUACCAUUAAAUUUUACUGAUCCAGAAUUAUUAGUGCCACGAUUUAUGAACAUACCAAAAGGAACACCACAAUCUUUGGAAAUUGGUCAACGGAUUAUGAAGUAUUAUUAUGGUAAUGAAACACCAUCGCGGCGUAAUGCGGAAAAAUUCGCUAAGUAUCAAACUGAUGUUCGAUAUGUAUUGUUAUCGAAAAAAGCAAUAAAAUAUCAUCUGAAAUUUGGCAAGGAACCCGUUUACUUAUACAAGUUUUCAUUGGAUUCGCCUUGCAAUUUGUAUAAACAAAUCUUCAAUUUAACUUUACCGGGAGUAUGUCAUGGCGAUGAACUAACAUAUCUCUUUUAUACAAAAUACCAUCCACGAUUACGUUUUGGUAUAGCUGAAGAGAAUACAGUAAAGCGUUUAUGUAAAUUUUGGACAAAUUUUGCCCGUACUGGUAAUCCAAAUCCACCAGAAACUGGUUCAUCACCUUUAUUCAAAGUAGAAUGGAAACCCGUGGAACCCGACGUAUUCAAUCAUUUAAAUAUUGGUAAAGUUGUACGUGCCGUUAAUUAUGAACCGGAUAAGGAAAGUAUGGAAUUUUGGAAACAAUUAUUUAAUGAUUAUAAUUUUGAAUUAUAAUGAACAUUUAUUUGGAAAAUUCAGUAGAAUCUCGAUAACUUAAACUUCGAUAACGUAAAAAUCUCUAUAAAGUAAUACAUUUUUUUCCCUUCCCUUCAGAGUCUAAAACCUCUUUCGCUUCAAAUACAAAGAAUCUAUAACUUUAAUGAAUAAUUCGAAUAAUUUGGGCAUUUAGCCUCAGUAACUACAAGCAAUGUUUUGACGACUUCAGUUUAAUUUAUGUUUUUAUCCAGUAUUGAACCUAGUCCUUGUGUAACACAGUACCUAUAUAUUAAUACACAGGGUAUCCCGUAACUCGAUACACAUGGCAUGAGAGGGUAUUUUUUUGACAAUUUCAAGUCGAAAGUGCCUUAUAUAUUCUUGAUUAUAGUAGUUUAAUCUUUUAUUAAUUAAAAAUUCUUGACUAUAUAUCUUCAUACACUACUAGAAAGACUAUUUUCGACCAUGUUAAGGAAAACUUCUUCGGCGGAAAGUUCUUGCUGGACGUUCUGCCAAAUGAAGAUGUAUGAUUACACUUAAGUAUUUAUUAGGAAUUUUUCGAUCAGGAAACCGCCACUUGAAAUUCCAUCCAUUCGUUCAUUCCUGCAUAGACGCUCCUGCAUUUCUGUUACAAUAUCCAUGAAUAAAGUGAAUACCGUAUUCUUGAUUUGUAAACAUAGCCAUUAAAUUAAUCUUAAAAUUACAACUUCAAAAAUAAAAGACACAAACAUAAACGAUCAAAUGUCACCAUAAAAACAACAUGGCAAAACAAUUACAUGUUCUACCAGAUUAAUUUACUAUUGCGUUUAUUCCUCUUGGCUAUUAUCGUUGAGGUCAUAAUAGUGCACGUAGCUCCUUGACUAUUGGAAUUUAGUCAAAAAUAUAUAAGGAAUUUUCGACUUAAAAUUGUUUUAAGUAUACGCUUUUAAUUUAUGCCUAUAUCGAGCCCCGGUACACCCUGUAUAUACAUAGCACAAUAUGUACCUAUAAUCAAUAACCAAGAACAUAAAUAAACAUCACUAAGUAAAAAUAUAGACCAUUCAAAUUACUUAACCUAAACCUUUAGAAAGUUAAAAUCUCGAUAACUCUCUGAUAAUUUAAUACUUCUCUUGUAGUGUAUUUAAUAUU